AUGGGCGCAACUCCGGCGCAUGUGUUGCAGUGCCGCAGCGCUGCGACAAAUUGCCGCAGCGCUGCGACAAAUGCUGCCACAGUUGCGGUAAGUUGCAGUUCUUUUCCCGAGAGCAAUAACAUUUUUGGGCCUUUUUUUUCGCACAUCAAUUUUCCAUGGGAAAAUUUUUUGUUUUGAAAAUAUUUUCUGAAUGUUUUUUUUCUUUUUUCUGAAUUUUAAUCCUGAAUUCAAAAUUUGUUUUCAAAAUAUUUUCUAGGCCUCUAAAAUUCUUCAAAUUUCGUGAUUUUCAGCCCGAAAUUCAUGGAAAUUCUGAUUUUCAGGUAGAAAAUCAUGAUUUCUAGGCUCAAAUUUCAUGAGAUGGCUCAUAUUUCACCAAGGAUAACCUACCCGAUUUUUUUUGAAAUUCAAAAAAACCUGGCCUAAUUUUAGUGGCCUAGAAUCCCAAAAAUCUUUCUGGAAGAGUUUUGAUGGCCUAGAAACCCACAAAUCUUUCUGUGAGAGUUUUGGUCACCUAAAAAUUCUUAAAAUAUUUCUGGCCGAGUUUUGGUGGCCUAGAAAACCAACAAAAAAAAACAAUUUUCUAGCCCCCAAAUCGUUCUGAAUAUUCCAGAUGAAUCGACGAAAUCAGCGAAGUCAUCGAAGAGAAUUUGUCGAUUUCUACCACUACAAUCGACCUGAUUCCGAUUCAGAAGAUCUAGAAGACCUCCAGAUUCCUGAACCACCUCUCGAAGAAUUUGAAGAUCUGAUUCAAGUUCGGCCAAUUCAGGACUUUCAAAUUAGAAAUGCGCAAGAUAGACAAUAUUAUGACAGUCAAGAUCGGCUUAAUCAGGUAUUUCUGAGACCAAAACGACCGUAUCGAAGGCGAAUUUUGGUGCCGAAAUCGGUGCAAAAAUGCCCGCUUUACAAUGCAAAAAAACCUGAAAAUGAAGAAGAUGAAGCUACCAAAUUUCGAAGAUUUUAUCUCGAAAAUUUGGAUGUUUAUGAGGAUUAUGAUCGGGAAACUGUGAGAUUUGAUAAUGAUUUGGCUUGUGAUAUUUUUGAGAAAUAUUUGGGAAAAUUGAGACGGGAAUUGUGUGUGCUUGAUGGUUUGAAUGUGAGUUUUUUGGCUUGAAAUCUUGGAAUUUUCAACAAUUUUUAGAGCUCAAAAAUUCCAAACAAAAAACAAUUUUUCAAAAAAAAAAUCACUGUUUCAAAAAUUUCGGAAAAUUAUUUUUUUUUGAAUAUAAAAUUUGUUGUUGGUUCGAUGCAUAGUUUUCUUUAAAAAAUGUUUUUUUUUUCAAAAAAAUUCACUGUUUCAAAAAUAUAAGAAAAAUUAAUUUUUUUGAGUAAAAAAUUGUUACGCUCUUUAUUUUGUCUUCUCAAAUAAACAUAUCAAUUUCCAGGUGGCAAAUUUUAGAGCCAAGAAAAAAAUAAAAAUUUCACUGUUUCAAAAAAUUUCGGAAAAUAUUUUUUUAAAUUGAAAAUUUGUUGUUUUCUUCGGUGGCAUUUCUUUCUUUAAAAAAAAUCACUGUUUCAAAAAUAUAAGAACAAUUAAUUUUUUGAAUAAAAAAUUGUUACUCUCUUGGUGUACUCUUUUCAAAAAUAAACAUAUUUUCACAAAUUUUUCGGCUCAAAAAAUCAAUUUUUCAAAAAAAAAUUCACUGUUUCAAUAAUUUCGGAAAAAUAGUUUUUUGAAUAAAAAUUGUUAUACUCUUGAUUUACCAAAAAUCACUGCCACGUGGCAAAUUUCUACCCCAAAAAUAAAAUUCUCUUGCAGCUGAGCAAUGAGACCGAAUUCGCCACAAUCGGACCCUCCGGAUGCCUGGAAUAUUUGAGAAAACUGCAAAACGGCGAAAUCAACAAGACACAAACGACCGGAUUUUUUGGAUUUUGUGAGUUUUUUGAUGAGAAAUGAUCAAUUUUAGGUCAAAAUUCACCAAAAAUCAUGAAUUUUCCACUGUUUCAGACACCAAAUAUGCCGCGAUUCAACUCGCGGCACGCGCACUUCUUAUGCUCACCGCAGCUCAUGGUGUUUUGUGCGCAGAGAAGAGUGAGUACGGCGGGUAGAAUAUCGGAAUAUUUGGAUGUGUAUUUCAAUUCGGCGCAAAGAACCGAGGAGUCGUUUGAGUUUGCUGGACCUGGUGCCAGUUUUUAUGUGAGUUUUGAGCCAGAAUUUGGGAUUUUUGGGCUGAAAAUGAUGAAAAUCACGAAAUUUCACAUAGAAAGCUCAUUUUUUCAGCCAAAAAUUGAGUUUUCCGGUGAAUUUUAAGCUUAAAUGAUAAAUUUGCAAUUUUCACUCUGAAAAACUGUGCCAGGCUUGCAGAAAAGGGGCGGAGCCUCGAAAAUUGCAAACCUGGCAUAGUUUUCUCAUGUCAAAAAUAAAAACCUUCAGAAAAACUGUGCCAGACUUGCAUAAAAGGGGCGGAGCCUAAUUUUCCAGCUAAAAACCGAGUUUUUCGGUGAAUUUUGAGCUAAAAAUGAUAAACCUCGCAAAUUCAAUCUGAAAAAACUGUGCCAGGCUUACAGAAAGGGGCGGAGCCUCAAAAAUUGCAAACCUGGCACAGUUUUCUCAUGUCAAAAAUGAAACCCUUCAGAAAAACCGUGCCAGACUUGCAGAAAUGGGGCGGAGUCUCAAAAAUUGUAAACCUGGCACAGUUUUCUCAUGUCAAAAAUAAAACCCUUAAUAAAAACCGUGCAAGACUUACAGAAAAGGGGCGGAGCUUGAAAUACUGCAAGCUUGGCACAAUUUCUGAGGACAAACUGUGCCAGACUUGCAGAAAUGGGGCGGAGCCUUAUUUUUGACAAAAAUUCCCCAUUUUCCAGCUGAUUUUACACGAAGAAGGUGACAUUGAAAUAGUGGAAAACGCCAAAAUGUCACCCUACGCAAUUCUGGAAAUUUCCGAAUCGCAACGUGGAAUUCUGACGCCCGCUGAAUAUUGUGCCAGACAAUUUGGAGCUAAUUCAGGAAUCGAAAAAAUCGAGAAGUUAUCCUAUGUCCAGAGACUGUUUUUCUCGAAAAAUCGCAAAAAUCCGCUGAAAAUCGACACGUUUUUGAUCAAAUUCGAUAGUUUUGAAGCGAAAAAUUUGGCUUUUCAAAGAAGUUUUGACAAAAUUGGCCUGAAAAUCGAAGAACCUGAAGAAAUUUUUGGGAUUUUUGAUGAAACUAUGGAACAAAAUUCAUAUGAGAUGGUGACGAUUGAAGUGCGAUUUGAUACGAUGAAAACGAAUCGGAAAAGUGCCAGACUUCGACUAAGAUCGUCACGGGAUGUUGAGUUUGCCAGAAGGAUUUUGUCGGAUUUUGGAAUGAUGGUUGAAUUGCCACGAAGAGUUGUGGAGAAUGGAGGAAGGAUGGGAAAUCGAGAGGUUUGUGCGGGGGAAAAUUGCUGAAAAUAAUGGUUUUGAGCUGAAAUUCGAAAUUUUUAGGUUAUUUUCAGUCGAAAAUUGUGGAAAAAAACCGAAAUCGCAAUUUUUCAGCGUUUGAAAAUCAAGAAAACGCUGAAUUUUGCUUUAGAGCGCCUUACCUUAAAUUUUUAGACCCAAAAUCAAUUAAAAAUGAUAAAAAUGUGAUUUUUCUACCCAAAAAAAAUUCACUGUUUCAAAUUUUUGGUAAAUUUUUGUUUUAUAUGAAAUUUUCAGUAGCAGUCUUCUCAAUUUUAUUCUGAAAAUCAAAAAAAAAUUCUUCGAAAUUUCAUAAAACUUGAUUUUUGAGCCGAAUUUUACCCUAAAAUUCAAUUUUUUUUCACCCAAAAUUAAUUAAAAUUCAUUGAAUUGUGAUUUUUCUACCCAAAAAAAUUCACUGUUUCAAAAUUUUGGUAAAUUUUUUUCAAAUGUGCAAUUGUCAGUGAAUCCGUUUGUAGCACAUUUCAAAAUUAAUUUGAAAAAAUCUCUGAAAAUUUCACUGUUUCAAAAAUGUUUGGCAUGUUUUGCUUUAUAAUAAUUGAAGCUACUAAACUUUUCAAUUUCAAAGUUUAUCAAAAUUUUCGGAAAAUCAAGACUUCUGAGCUGUGACCUGAAUUUUGAGUCUUUUUUAUUUUACAAAAUUUAGAAAAAAAUUUCACUAUGAAUUCACUGUUUCAAAUUCUUGAUAAUUUUUUUUUCAAAAGUGCAAUUUUCAGUAGAACGAUCUGUAGCUGGUUUCAAAAAAAAAAAUUUUUCAUAAAACUUAAAUUUUUACAAAUAAAUUCAGAAAAAAAAAAAAAAUUCACUGUUUCAAAUUUUUGGUAUCUCUGACUAGGGGCUGUUAGCCCCCAGGCGUAACAGUCUUCUCAUUUAUUUCAGUUUCACUUUUUUUUCUGUAAUUAUUGUCCACAGAACAAAAAAUGACCCGUGGCAAAAUUAGGAAGGCUUCCUAAUUUUGCCAUGGAUGAAGUCAUCUAUCAAUUUUUUGAAAAAAAACUUAUUUAAUUAUUUUUUUCGUAUUGAAGGUACUUGGAAGAUGUUAAGAAUAAGAAUUACAAUUGAUUUCAUCAAAAAUUGCAAGUAUUUUGAUCGAAAAAUGACUCGUAAAUUUCAGAAAAAUUAGUUUUGAGUCAAUGAAUUCAGUCAAUAAAAUAAUUCACUGUUUCAAAAUCCGGAAUUUUUUUUCAAAAAAAAAAAUCAUUGUUUCAAAUUCUUGAUAAUUUUUUUCCAAUAUUACAUAUUCAGUACAAAGUUUAUUUUCAACAUUAAAAACAUCUCUGAAAAUUUCAGAAAACCCGAAUUUUGAGUUAAUCAAUUUGCUGUUUCAAAAUCCAGAAUUUUUUUUCAAAAAAAAAAUCACUGUUUCAAAUUUUUAGUAAAUUUUUUUUAAAUAUGAAAUUUUCAGUAAGCCAAAAGCCAAUUCACUCGGGAAAAAAGUAAAAUAGACUUUUAGCCAGCGUGCGACCAUUUUUAGCAAGCUUGCUACAAUUUUUAUAAUGGGAAAAAAUGUAGCAAGCUUGCUAAAAAUGGUCGCAAGCUGGCUAAAAGUCUAUGUUUUGUCGCCAGACUUGCUACUUUUUUUCCCGAGCAUCUCAUUCAAAAUUUUAAAAACAUCUCUGAAAAUUUCAGAAAACCUGAAUUUUCAGUCAAUGAAUUUGCUGUUUCAAAAUCCAGAAUUUUUUUUCAAAAAAAAAAUCACUGUUUCAAGUUUUUGAUAAAUGUUUUUUUCAAAUAUACAAUUUUCAGUUGAACCUAAAUUCAAGCUAUAAUUUUACCCAAAUAUUUUCCAGCUCUCAAUCUCGCAUCUUCCCGAAUUCCUGGACACCGUCGACCAUCUUCAAUGGUUCAUCGAUCAAUAUUUGGCACCAAAUGACAUCUACUACGAAUUCAUCCGAUUUGACACCGUGCAAGUGCAAGAUCUAGAUGAAAGAUCCGAUUUUUGGAACAGAUCAAAACUCCGUGAUCCAGCUCAACUUUUCGCGCGAAAUUUGAUCGAAAUGGCGUGUCGUCGGAAUUUGUGGAAGGGCGAAUUUAUUCGAAAUGAUGCGGAUUUGGAUCGAAUUGCGCAGGAUUCCACGAAACAUCCAUUUAUUAUUGAAGAAUUUGAUGAAUACGGUAUGGGAGAAAAUGGCGAGCGAAAAUUGCUGGCCAAAUUUUACGGGAAAAAUGUGGCGCUUGGCAAAAGAUUGGCCGAAGAUUGCUACACGGUCUCUCAAAAAUUCACGCAUUUCAUGCAGUUCAAACAGCCACGCUUCCACCCAGCCCGGAUUUCCGCCUCCUAUCGCAAAUUGGUGCCACGCACGCGACGCGUACGCGUCGCAUGCGCCGAAGGUGUUCGCAGAUUCGACGAGAAACUACGAUAUCUUUGGGCGGAUUAUGAGGAACAAAAUAAGGAGCGGCCAGAGGGAAUUGAGAUGAAUUUUCUGAGAGUUUUGGAUAUGAAUAUGGAAGAUCAGGAGACGGUUGAUGAAACUUGGGGAAUGUGUGGAAUUGAAGGUUGGCCGGUGCGAGUUGUUGAGGAGGAGCUGAAGGAGAUGAGCAAGAUUUUUGAGCCGGUCGAAUUUUCGUGUGAUGGGGUGAAUUCGGAUUUGUUGUAUGGGUAGGUUGCUUGGGGCGAGAAAAAUCAUGAAAAAUCGAUAAUUUUGAGCCAAAAAUCAUGAAAAAUCGAUAAUUUUGAACCAAAAAUCGCGAAAAAUCGAGAAUUUUGAACUAAUCUACAGUAUUUCUGGGAUUUUUUGAGCCAGAAAUUUUCCAGGAAAUUCUAUGUUUCAAAAUGUUCUUGUAUAAUUUUUCCCGCCAAAAAAUACUCAAACUCAAUUUUUUCCCUGCAGAAGAGGAGAAGCUUUUGUCAAACACCUAAUCUCCAAAAUGCGCGAUGAAAUAGUUGUGGAUUUCGAUCGAUUCAAUCAAAAACUUUGGAUCUUUGGCGACAAAACAUCGCAAUUCAUCGAAGAAUUAAACGAAUUCCGCACCGAACAUCUAUUCAUUCACGCGAAAAUCCCAUUUUCCGCCCCGGUUUUCAAUGAAAAUAUGCGACAAAUUGUGCGAAAACGCGUCCUGAAAUCGCUGGAAAUUGACUUGGGAGCAAAGAUUUCGGUGAACUCGAUGGAGAAAUGUGUCGAAUAUGAUGGACCGUUUGUGUCGUUUAAGAUUUUUGCCGAUUUGAUGGCCAAGAUUAAUCGGGAUGUGAGUUUUUUGGGGGAUUUGGGGACAAGGAAAAUAUACGUUUAAAAAAUUAAUAAUUUUUGUUCUCAUGGGGCUAUUCAUGUUAUUUUUCAACGCUGAGAAAACGGGAGAAAAGCGGAGAAAACCUAUUCAGGUAGGCUGAGAAAAUACGAAAAAAGCGGAGAAAAUGUAUUUUCUCCGCAUUUCUCCUGUUUUCUCAACAUGCUGAGAAAAUACAUGAAUAGCCCCAUCAGAAAAAAAUUGCAAGAAAAAAUCUGAAAAUUUCUUUAAAAAAAAUUCAAUGUUUCAAAAAUCAUAGAUUUAUUUUUUGAAAAUUGGAAUUUUGCUGCUAGGGAUGUCAACUCUGGUUAAAAUUUGAUUUCAAGAUUUAUCUAUGCUAGAUUUUUGAACUUUGUAAAAAGUCACUGUUUCAAAAAAUGUAGAUAUUUCCUGGAAAAUGUUGGCCUUUGCUUUACCAACGCAAAAAAAAAUUUCACAUAUUUGUAAAAAUUCACUGUUUCAAAAUUUUUUAAAAUUUCAUGUUGAAAAUUUUGCAACUGAUUUUAUUACGCAUUUUCUGUGCAGAAAAUGUUCCAAAAAAAUCCGAAGGAUUCAAAAAAAUUUCCCCAAAAAUUCACUGUUUCAAAAAUCAUAGAUUUUUUUUUUGAAAAUUGGAACUUUGCUCUAUUUUCCCAAAAUUUCGGUUUGUUGUUUAUAAAAAUGAAAAUUCAAUUUUUGCUGUAAAAAUUAGGAUUUUUUCGAAAAAUGAUUGUUGAUAUUUUUGCUGUAAUCUAGUUCUUCAGAAUUUUUUUUCUAUUUUAAAAAUUAUUUUCCAAAUGAAAAAUUCACUGUUUCAAAAAUCAUAGAUUUUAUUUUUUUUUAAUUUUAUUUUUGUUCAAAUUCUGAUAUGAAAAUCUCCAGGAAAAAAUCAGAACAAAUUUCUUAUUCAAAAUGUUUCAAAUUUUUUUCUCAAAAAAUUCACUGUUUCAAAAUGUUUUAAAUUUUAUCUUGAUAAUUUUUAGGUGUUUUUCUCCAAGAAAAAAAUGGAGAAAAAAUCAGAACGAAAAAUUUACUGUUUCAAAAAUAAAAUAUUAGAUUAUUUGUAAGUUCAAAUUUCAUUUGAAUGUUAAAAAUCCAGAAAAACUUGAAAUUAUCUUUUAUGGGACUAUUCAAGUUAUUUUCUCAACGCUGAGAAAAGCGAAGAAAACCUAUUCAGGUAAGCUGAGAAAAUACGAAAAAAGUGGAUAAAAUACAUUUUCUCCGCAUUUCUCCUGUUUUCUCAGCAUGUUGAGAAAUUACUUGAAUAGCCCCAUUAAAAAAAUUCACUGUUUCAAAAAAAUUAUAUUUUUUUUCUAAAAAAUGUUUUCUUGUUCCAAAUUUCAAUCAUUGCAGAUCUUCACCAAACUCACGCAACAACUUCCCCCAUCCAUAAAUUCUCCAAACUGUCCAGUUUGCCGAACUCCAGCCGGUCCCGAUUUCUACCGUCUCGACGCAUGCGGUCAUACAUAUUGUCGAGAAUGUCUCAAUAAUCUCGUCAAAAACCAAGGCAAACAUUGUCUCGUCGACACAUGCACCAAACACAUUUGCCCCCAAGAUUUUCGAUUGCUCAUAUUAGGAAGCGAAGUGUCGCGCGAGAAAUCGCUGGAUUCGCUGAAAAUUCGCGAAUUCUUCAAGAACUCGAUGGAUGAAAUUGUGAAAAAGCCCGGAUCGAAAUUCAAAUUUUGCAAAAAGCCCGAUUGUCAAGGCCUUGUUCAGUGCGCGCAGAAUGAUUGGCAAGAAGGACCAUCAACAUCGACAGCUACAGUACCCCCUCCUUCUACAGUAAUAUGUCAGGAUUGUGAUACAGUAUACUGUGCGAAUUGUUUGGAAGAACCGCAUCCGGAAGUGGAAGAUUGUGAAGAGUACGGUAGAUUGAAACAGGAUGUCGAAUUGUCGCUGGAGAAAUUUGCGAGAUCCAACAAAAAUCGCAUGUUCAAACGAUGUCCGACUAGUGCUUGUAAAGCUGUUAUUGAAAAGGUACGGUAGGGGUACUGUAGGUCAUUUUUUGGCACGAAAAAUGAGCCAUUUUGCGCUGAAAAUGAUGGAUUUUCAGGUAUUUUCAAUUUUCUACAGUAAUCCUUAGGCGCGAAAAAUUCUAGGAGUACUGUAGUUCAGGAAAUGAUUGGUUUUGAACCGAUUUUUACUGGAUUUCUGGAAAUUGAAUCACAGUAUACUAGGAGUACUGUAGCUCUGAAAAUUAUUGAUUUCUGUCCGAUUUUAACGGGAUUUUUGAGAAACCUUGAUUACAGUAUACCUGGAAGAUUACUGUAGUUCAGAAAAUUAUGUAAACCAUUUUUUUUUAGAAAAUCAGCAUCUACAGUAUACCCACAGGGUUACUGUAGUUUGGAAAAUUAUGGUAACCAUUUUUCGAGCAAAUAAACAUCUACAGUAUACUCCCAGGAUUACUGUAGCUUGAAAAUUAUCGAUUUUUGACCAUUUUUUGAAAUUAAGUUAUUACAGUAUACUAGGAUUACUGUAGUUCAGAAAAUAAAAACAAUUAUAUGAAAAUUCUCUAAACCAUUAUUCUGAAAAAAAUCAGCGUCUACAGUACACCUAGAUGAUUACUGUAGAUAAAAUUAUCGAUUUUUGAACCAAAAGUUCUGAAUAAAAUCUUUUCUGACCAAUUUUUACCGGAUUUUGUUCGAAAUUCAAUUACAGUACCCCUAGAAGAUUACUGUAGUUCAGAAAAUUAUCGAUUUCUGACCAAUUUUUGAAAUUUCAUCACUACAGUAUACUAGGAUUACUGUAGAUUCAUAAAUUAUCGAUUUUCAAACAAUUUUCACCGGAUUUAUUUUUUAAAAUUUCAUUACAGUACACCUAGAAGAUUACUGUAGAGAAAAUUACCGAAUUUUUUUUUCAAAAAAUCUAAAAUUUUGCAGGCCGACGGUUGCAACCACGUGGAAUGUCCAUUCUGUCACACACAUUUCUGCUGGUUGUGCCUCUUCAAAUCCGACUCAAUGGGCCAAAUCUAUUCACACAUGUCACUAAAACACGGUGGACACGGUGGAAAUGGUGAACCGGCAUUUGAACUAUUUAUGGAUGAACCCGCUCCUGAUCGAAAUGAUUUUGUGUUUGUCAACAAUAAUAAUCAUAAUGUGGCGGCGAGAUUUUUCGAGCCUUUGGAUUGGGAUUUGGAAGAUGAUGAUGAUGAUAGUGAUAUUGCUGAAAAUUUUGAAUUUGUGAGUUUUUUUGGGUGGAUUUUGAGCACAUACAUGGCACUGCUCUCAAAAUUUUGAGGGGGAGAUCAUGACAUUUGGAAAAAAUUUUCGAGGGGGGAUCAUGACAUCACAUACAAAAAACCUAAUUUUUUUUUCAAAGUGAAAUCGGUACGCUAGAAAAAAAUUGGGUUUUUGCAUGUGGUCAUUUUUGACUUAAUUUUUCAGGUUCGGUAAUUUGGACACUAGUGCUUUAGGAAUAUCGGAUGUAGAGAACGAGCGAAGAAUUUGACGGAUAUCUUUCAUCGGCUAAUUAUUCUUAUUUUAUUUCUAAAAUUCUCAAUUAUUUGUUUCUAUAUCCUUCUAAAAUAAAAAAUGCGUUUAUUGUAGUAAGUUCAUCUCAGAACUUUUUACAAAUUAUCAUUCUCAACUUUUCUGAACAAUUACAUAUUAAUAAUCAUAGUCAAUGCGAUAUUUAUUUGAUAAUCAAAUUGAAAUCCAAAAAUAUUGAAUUACAAAACAAAAGAAAAAAAAAUGAAUUCCACCGAGAAUUCGAUCCAAAAACCCUCUGAUUAUUAGGCGCGAUCUCUACCGACUUGACCACGAGGCUACUUAUUUUCACACGUUUAUUUUUAAGUGAUAAAUAAGGGAUAGAAGGGGAGAGAAAAUGAAAAAGAGAAGGAGAAGCGGAAAAAAAUCAUGAAAUUUUUGAAAAAUUUCCAUUUUUUAUCGAAUUUCGCCGAUUUUGUUAUAUGUUUCGAUUGUAUAAGUAACUUAAGGAUGGUAGAAAGGAAUGUCUGUCGAAAUUAUCUAAAAAGAUGGUUUAUUUCUUGAGAUAUGAUACCCCCCAAAAUGACAUAGCAAAACGGCUUCGAUUUUGGGGGGAUCAUAUCUCAAGAAAUAAACCAUCUUUUUAGAUAAUUUCGACAGACAUUCCUUUCUAUCAUCCUUAAGUUACUUAUACAAUCCUAACAUAUAACAAAAUCGGCAAAAUUCGAUGAAAAAUGGAAAUUUUUCAAAAAUUUCAUGAUUUUUUUCCGCUUCUCCUUCUCUUUUUCAUUUUCUCUCCCCUUCUAUCCCUUAUUUAUCACUUAAAAAUAAACGUGUGAAAAUAAGUAGCCUCGUGGUCAAGUCGGUAGAGAUCGCGCCUAAUAAUCAGAGGGUUUUUGGAUCGAAUUCUCGGUGGAAUUCAUUUUUUUCUUUUGUUUUGUAAUUCAAUAUUUUUGGAUUUCAAUUUGAUUAUCAAAUAAAUAUCGCAUUGGCUAUGAUUAUUAAUAUGUAAUUGUUCAGAAAAGUUGAGAAUGAUAAUUUGUAAAAAGUUCUGAGAUGAACUUACUACAAUAAACGCAUUUUUUAUUUUAGAAGGAUAUAGAAACAAAUAAUUGAGAAUUUUAGAAAUAAAAUGAGAAAUAAGAAUAAUUAGCCGAUGAAAUAUAUUCGUCGAAUUCUUCGCCCUUUCUCUACAUCCGAUAUUAGAAGCGCUAGUUUCCAAAUUAUCGAACCUGAAAGAAUAUGUCAAAAAUGAAACUCCCCCUUCCCUCUCUUGGAUAUUUUUCAUUUUUUUCACCAUUUAUUUUUUCAAAUUUUUGACAAAAAAAAAAAAAAAAAAAAAGGGGGAUCAUGACAUUUCAAAAUUUUGGGGAGGGGGGGGAUCAUUACAUGGAGGGUCUGUUGGGCAAAGAUGCCAUGUAUGUUUGAGCAGGGUAGAUUAAAAUUAGUUUUUUUUCGAGUUUUUCAGCCAAAAAUUAUGAGAUUUUCGAAGCUUAUGGGGUGAUUUUUGAUGAAAAAUUGAAAUUUUUUUAUUUUACGAAAAAUCAGCAAAAACUUCUGAAGGUCAAUUUUCAUCAGAAAUCACUCCAGAAACCUCGAUUUGUCAUCAUUAUUGACUGAAAAACUCGAAAAAGUAAAAUAAAAAAAAAUUAAUUUAAAAUUCGAAAAUUUUUACUGCUUCAAAAAAAUCCUGAUAUAAAAUUGUGAGUCAAACAUUUUUGAUUUCCUAUAAUUUUGAAAAAAAAAAUUCACUGUUUAAAAAAUUUCUAAUAUAAAAUUUUGAACCACAAAAUAUUUGAUCUUAGAAAUUCUGUAAUGUCAAAAUUAGUUUUUCGAAUUUUUCAGCCAAAAAUGAUGAGAUUUUUGAAGCUUCUGAUGUGAGAUGAUUUCUGAUGAAAAUAAGAUUCGAGAAUCCUAUUUUCGAAAUUCAUCAAAAUUUGAAAUGUUUUAUUUUAAGAAAAAUCAGCAAAAACUUCUGAAGGUGAAUUUUCAUCAGAAAUCACUCCAGAAGCUUUAAAAACAUCGAUUUGUCAUCAUUUCUGACUGAAAAACUAAAAAUAAUUGAAAAUUUUUUCGAAAUUUUUACUGUUUCAAAAAAUGCUGAUAUACAAUUGUCAGUAAAACAUUUUUGAUUUUCCUUCAGAUUUGAAAAAAAAAUUCACUGUUUCAAAACAUUCUGAUAUAAAAUUUUGAACCACAUAUAUUUGAUUUUAGAAAUUUUGUCAUCAACAUUUGAAUUUGUUUAUUUUACGAAAAAUCAGCAAAAGCUUCUGAAGGUCAAUGUUCAUCAAAAAUCACAACAGAAGCUUCAAAAAUCUGGAAUCUAUUGUCCGUUUGGAAAUGAGAUUCACCCCGCGAAAAAAUAAAUUUGAAUUUGAGAAAAUCUCUAAUUUCCCCUACCCCCGCGAUGCGUGUGCGUUGCGGUCGCUUUCCCAUACAAAACCCCCGUUGGCUGUUUGCCAGCGCACUCUCUCGCUGUCUGCGUCUCCUGCAGCAAAUUCAAAUUUAUUUUUUCGCGGGGUGAAUCUGAUUUCCAAACGGACAAUACAGAAAAUCAAAAAUUUUCGAAUUUUCAAUUAAUUUUGAGCAAAAAUCAAUGCCACGUGAAAUUUUAGCCCCAAAAUUUGUCAAAAUCUUAAAUAAAAAAACCAAUACAUUGUGAGCUAACUUUUUUGACGCAAAAAAAAUUCAAAUUAAAAUUUUUCUUCCAGUACGAAUGGUUACGUUUUGACGGUCAAUUCGCCACAGCAGAAGAAAUUCGACACGCUUUCGAAUACGGUAUUCCACCACAUCCACCACCAGCCUGGUGA